AUGGAAGACACGGAAGAGAGGACCGUACUACGCAAGGAUCAGCUGGAAAUUAGCUUGCACAAUGAGAAAAAGCUAAUCAAAGAAGGCACCAUCAAGGAUGACAACCCACUAGACCUGAGUGAGCCAUUCCGUGACCUUUGCAGUGCUUGCCGGAGAGGUGAUCUGAAAGCCUGCCAGGAGAAAAUCACCGAGGGCGUCAAUGUGAACGCUCGCGAUCUAUAUGAUUAUACGCCAUUGAUCUUGGCCAGUCUAUGCGGACACUAUGAAGUUGCGCAACUUUUACUUGAAUCGGGCGCACUCUGCGAGCGAGAUACAUUUCAAGGAGAAAGAUGUCUAUACAAUGCCUUGAAUGAUCGGAUACGAAACCUACUCCUCGAGUACGAUUAUUCCAAGUCCACGGACCCACUCCAGCCCCUUGCUGCGCACAUCGCUUCAUUGCUUACUCGAGAAACUCCUGUCACAACCGAUAUCACCGUGGCCGUCGGCGACCAGGACGUCGCCCUCCACAAGUUCAUAUUGGCCGCCCGCUCUCCCUACUUCCAUACCAAGCUUGCCGCUGCUCCAGAGACAACAACAUGGAAGCUUCCCAGUACCACCCCACCAGAGGCAUUUGCCGCUGCAAUCCGAUAUCUAUACUUGGGUGAAGCUCCUCGCGAACUUCGGAGUGGACCAGGGACUGGAUUCACAGAAUCCGAAGUCUUCACUGGCAUCGAUAAGAUCUCGAAAUACCUCGAAAUUGAAAGUCUCAUGGAUAGCCUGCUGGAUAGUGGGGAUAGACGGCGGGCACGGCAGCGCAGAACUACGGAGCUUGCUAAGGGCCGUGAUCAAUUAGAAGAGUGGUUCCGGCAGAAUGUCCUGGGCAAUAGGGUGGUCGUCGAGACAUCGAAAGUGAAUGAUGUCAAGUGGGAUCGCAAUAACGCAAUCUUUGCAGAUGUCCUUCUGCGAGCAGAUGAGCUACCGGACGAGGAUGACAGCGCUGCGGACGAGACCCCGAAAUCUACUCUGUUCCCCUGCCACCGGGCAAUGCUGCUUCGAUCGGAGUUCUUCCAGGCUAUGUUCACAUCCUCGUUCAGAGAAGCGCAUAUUACGAAUCACCUGCAUAUUAUCGACGUGGACUGCUCGCCCGACGUUCUGGAGAUUAUCCUGACCUUCUUAUACACCGAGCGGGCGGAUUUCUCUCUGGAGAUUGCUGUCGAUGUGUUGUUCGCCGCCGACAUGCUCUUCAUCGAAAAGUUGAAGACCAAGGCGGCCGUUGUCAUCAGUACCUUGGGCAGUGGAGUGUCUCAAUCCGAGGCAGCUCGGACUCGAGGUACCAAGGAUGAAGAUGACAUUGAUAUUUAUUCUAUUAUUCGAGCCGCUUGGUUGACUCGCGUCCAGCGUCUGGAAGAAUUUGCCGCUCGUUUCCUCGCAUAUAGAUUAGAGGCUCAUAUUGAUUCGCCCGAAUUUGCGGAGUUGAUCCAAGAGUCUGCGGCUCGUAUUCAGGCGCGCCAGGAAACUGACUCGAUUGAGUUGCUGGAUGAUAUUCGCUUCUACCUCAAUGAGCGUUUCAGGCUACGAUUCGACGAUGCCGGUCUUGAUGAGUUGAUGGAAGAGCAGCCAACAACUGCGAAUGGCGAUGACACUGCCCGGGCUGACAAUAUGGAAAAGAUCACGGAAGGUGUCGAGGCAUUGAAUGUGGCCAAGUCGACGCCGGUGACAACUGCACCAGAGGCGCCUGCUCAGCAACCGUAUGGAUAUACCCGAGAGAUUCGGACAUUGGACGGUGCGCUCGUCGAGGACGAAUUCGACGAGGACGCGAUGAACUACCAAAUCCUGUUGGAGAAGCUGGAUGCUCUUUUGGAGAGAUUGAACCUGGACGCGUAA